UAAGUGGUUCUCUGAACACGCAAUGCCUCCAUCGAUUUUUAAUUUCCUGCUUCCGUUGACGCUUCUGGGCCACGCCCACCUGAUGGGCAUUGCCGACGUAAGCUUUCAACGUAUUGAGCAAACCACCGGCUUCGACAUCCUCAAUUCGUCUCUCCGGAUCACCAAGUUCAACCGAACCAGCGCCGUCCUUAACGGUACCAUAGACAUUCUCGUUGACCUGGACAAUGACUUCACGUUCCAGAUCAAGAGUGCCUAUAGCCGGCUGGGGAACAAUCAGUUCAACGAGUAUCCGUACAAGAUUGCCGAGCAGGCAAUGUGUUGGGCAUUGAACGAUACCUUUUCCGAGCACCAAGAGCUGUUUGAGGGCACCACAAACUUCCCGCAGGUCGGCCGGGACGGUUUGUGCCCAUUUCCGGCGGGACACUAUUGGUUCAAGCACUUCAUUUUCAAACCGGAAACCAUGCCGCAGAUGAUCCCGGAAGGAUACUGGCGCCUGACGUUUCUGAUAGUCGAGAAGGGCGGUCGGACGGCAUCUCUGCUGAUCUACAUGAGGAUUUCGAAGGAGUCGUAUUGGUAAAGGAUGACUUCGUGCUGUCAAUUGUAUUGGGUCGGAAUAAAAUUGGGCAAAUUCAGCUCGGUAAUAAUAAUUCAGGAUGAUAAAGGAUUCAAUUCUAGGAUAUCAAGAUUCUGAGAGAAUCCUUCUCAGGAUUCUGAGAGAAUCCUAACGGGACCAGCUGACUUCAUUUGAAAAAAUCUUUUAUCAUAAAAAAAUUUGUAAAAAAAAUUGUGUUAUAAUUCUCUUCUUCAUAUUUCGAGUGCUCGCAACUGUGCUCAUUAUACA